CUUUGGUCGGUUCGUCAUGGUCCAGUUCACUGUCCUGGCCCUCUUGGCCCUUCCCUUCGUGAAUGCUAUCCCUGCCCCGGCUCCUGUCCCAACUCCACCGGGCAUUCCGGCGACCACGACUGCGGAAAAUGAGUUGGCUGAAUUAACAGUCGCUGCUCAGGGCUCGCAGGAUGGCUAUGACCGGGAUUUAUUCCCCCACUGGAUCAGCCAGGGCCACUCAUGCGAUACUCGUGAAGUCGUUCUUGCGCGCGAUGGUGAGGAUGUCGAAAAGAAUGAUUCUUGCUCUCCCACUAGUGGAACAUGGUACUCGCCGUAUGAUGGGAAGACCUGGACAGAUAAAAGCGAUCUAGACAUCGACCAUGUUGUACCGCUUUCCAAUGCCUGGAAGAGCGGAGCGUCGGACUGGACCACCGACCAACGCCAGGCUUUCGCCAAUGAUUUGGAGAACCCUCAACUACUUGCGGUGACGAACUCGGUCAACCGCGAGAAGAGCGAUGAUGGGCCGGAGGACUGGAAACCUCCUCUGACUUCGUAUUAUUGUACCUACGCAAAGAUGUGGGUUCGAGUCAAGUCGGUGUAUAACUUGACUAUUACACAGGAUGAGAAGGGUGCUCUGGUUGAUAUGCUUGACUCAUGUUAAUGAUGAUAUUGUACAUAGCUUAUAAUAUCACGAGUCGUCAGUCCAUGCUAGUAUAGAUAUGACGAUAUAGUAUGAAUAAUUAUUGGUAGGAGUUCAAUCAUACGAUAUCUUAUUUGCAA